GAUGACGCUGCGAACAUCUUCAUUGUGGCUCCACCUUUAGGAUAAAGAAUUUAUUAGUUCCAUGGAAACGUACGAUAACAGUUUAUAAUAAUUGUUUCAAUCAUGAAAUUCAUUUAAAUAAAAAUAAUCCAUUAUUUUUUAAUAAUGCUAAAAAAAUAUCAUUAUCAUUGCUAUAUAAUUAGUAAACCUAACCUCUCCAAUAUUUGUAUUCUGCAAAAUUGGUCAUGGGGUACUUGAUCAUGGAAUUGUGUAUUCGCGCAUGAUCAGACAGAAUAUAAAUCUUUUCGUGUCAAAAAAGUUUCUUCACUGUGUGUAUAUCUUAAACGAUAGUGUUAUUUGUGAAAGCGUUGAAAACAAACAAACAAAUAAACAAACUAUUUCACACAUUAUUUUUAAUAUUUUGCGUUAUUUUCGUUUUGCCUAUCGUUGACUUAAAUAGUUAGUAUGACUAUCGUCGAGGUUUGUUUUCGUGUGAAAAGACGAUUCGCUGUGCUCAAAGUUAUGCGUUGUCGUUUGCACGGCUGUAUUUAUUUAACAUAGCUAAAUACUCGUUUAUUAUAAAGUUUUUCAUAGAUUUCGAUAAUACAGAAAUGCGAGCUACAAAUCAUAUUCAUCGUGACGCGAUUGAGUUUUAUUUACAUGCAGACUAAGCUGACAAGCAUAAACAUGGCCGUCGUGCUUUGUGAUGAUUACUUGUGCCAGUUUGAAUUCAAAGAAGUCUUGCGAGAACGGAAAUAAUGGAUGGAACGCAUGCAUCCAAGAUAUCCAGCGUCGAUAAUUUCGUCGGAAAUGGAUGAAAAAAGUAUCGAGAAUUGAGCGUAUCCAUUUAAAAGGCGCUUCCGAAUUCAAUGCAGUGCACUUUCUAGGCUGUUGUCUGGGUGAGCAAUGAAUGUAUUCCGAAUUUUGACACCGUGUGUAUUGCAACGCAGACGACCAAAGGAGGUUGAUAAUUCUGAUAAAAGGGAUUGCUGGUUCGUGAAAAGACGGCGUGGAGAUGCUUCCUACAUGAUACAUAGAAUGGGUGCUUCUGCAUCGUCAAGCAUCACCAGUGUAGGUGGAGAUUCGAUUCAAGCAGCUAGACUUUCAUCCUCUGGUAAUCCACCUGAUCAACAUGGCAUUGCUAUCAGGGAAAAGAAGAAGAAAAUGACGGGGUUCGCGACAUUACGAAAGAAAUUCAUUCGGAGACGUCGGUCUUCAAAGGCCUGCGACCAUGGUAGGAUAAUCCGAGAUUUGGUCUCAACAUGGAGUCAUUUAGAAGCAACUGCGCUUCUAGAGGAGUAUGAGGCGUUAGCUGCAUUAAAGGAUCUCCAUGUCCAAGCCGAAUUAGCUAGACCACCAGCUGCCACAUAUAAACAGGAUUUGUCGAAGUUGUACGACUAUAAACAUUGUUCUGAUGUGGAUCUCGUCUACCGAGGAGCGUGCUUCCCCGUACACAGAGCCCUGUUGUCGGCGCGUUGCCCGUACUUUAGGGAUUUGCUAGCUGGAUGUCCGGGAUAUGGUGCCAGAAUAUGCUUGGAACUGAGAACACCGAAUCUCGAAGUACAAAUGUUUUCAGCAUUGUUACGAUAUCUCUACACUGGUGAUAUUUGUCCACACGAUGCAACGUUGGAGGCGAAUCUCUUGCGACGACUGAGCGAAGAAUUCGGGACACCGAAUCCGUUGGAACAUGAUCUUAGAUAUCUGUUAGACACCGGUGAUUACGCGGAUGCCGCAUUAGUGUUCACAUCGGAUAGUGAUUACCAGAGACCAGAUAGUGGAAGUUCAGAAUAUGGAUUCCGGCCAAAGUUAGAACUGCCAUGUCAUAAAGCGAUACUUUCUGCGAGAUCCCCGUUCUUCAGAAAUUUAAUACAAAGACGGACUAGAUCUGGGGAAGAUCACACAGAAAGAGCGCUUCAUAUACCCACUAGAAUAGUUUUGGAUGAGAGUGUAAUACCCAAACGAUAUGCCAGAGUAUUGUUACAUGCAGUAUAUUUAGAUACCGUUGAUUUAUCUUUAAUUAUGAGAGGUAAUGGUUGCGGGAACAGCGCUGGUAGUCUUGGAGAGGUUCAGGCUCUUACGCACACUGGACGUGUUCGACCAAGCCCUUUAGAAGAAGCAAUGGAAUUGUAUCAAAUCGGCCGAUUUUUGGAGCUAGAUAUAUUAUCACAGGGUUGUGAAGAUCUUAUUUUAGAAUAUCUUACAUUGGAAUCGCUUCCAACGGUUUUAAAAUGGGGUAGUCAACCUCAUGGAUCGGCAUGGGUACAUAGACAAGCGUUGCAUUUUUUAAGAGAAGAAUUUCAACCAGUCGCUUCUUCUUCAAUUCUUCAUCAAUUGGAUCACGCACAUUUGGCAAAUGUUUUGCAAAGUCAUUUUUUGCAAGCGAGUGAACUUGAAAUACUGCAAGCGGUACUCAAGUGGGGAGAACAAGAAUUAGUGCGUCGUAUGGAGGAUCGGGAACCAAAUUUGCUCAGCCAUACGGUACAUUCUGUAACUAGAAAAGGAUUGAAGAAGAGGGAUUUAAGCGACAUAGAAUUGCGGGAAAUACUUAGUGAACUUUUACCACUUGUCAGAAUGGAUCACAUAUUACCCCCAAACAGCGAAGCGUUAGCUCAAGCUAUUAGAAGAGGAUUAGUUUCAACUCCACCCAGUCAUAUGAUAGGAGACGAAAGAGAAAAUUUACGAAUGAAUGCAUGGAUAAGAGGAGGGAAGAAAAAUGGAUUUUUUGUAAGGCCACGCUUAUUCAUGCCUUAUUACGAAGAAAUAAAGUCUUUAAUUGAGGAACAAAUGGUCCAAGAAGCAGAUUUAGUGAGAUUACGAAGGCCACGUUAUGUAGCUGAUAUUCCCGAUGCCUUGUAUAUGGUUGAUGAGAAACCGAGACCAAUGGGUACAGCCGGUGUAGAUGUUCUUGCUGCGGCAUUCCCAGUUCCAGAUUCCACGACCUUGGCAGCUAUGAUGAAGCGGGAACAGAAAUUGAGACAAUCUCCCAGUUGUCAGAGAGCUAUUAGUUUGCCGUUAUCGUCACGUCAUGAGAUUAACAGACAAGUGCGACUACGUGUUGUAAGAGAAUUCAACUUACCUGACACGGUAGCAGAUCUCUUAGAGAAUACAGCUGCAUACAAUGUGAAAGAGCAAAAUGAAAGGCUAACUGAUAUCGAAGAUAUGGAUUCACCGGGUUUAGGGAUCAAUGCUAGAACAGUUCCAUCAUUGUGCUACGGAAGAAACAUGACGUUUCCACGGCCAGCCUCUUCUUGCACUCAUAGACAUGAACUUCCAGCUAUAGUCACAGAAGGCGAAAGUUGUAGACUCCUUGCUGAGCAACAAGAGAACAAUUCGUGUAGCGAUGGACAAUUGUCGGGUGUGAUGCCGGAUGUUGCGAUGGCGACGGCUUCCUUUGGAGCAUUGCAACUGAUAGAGGAACAGGAGCUUGAAUUGGAUUUAGGAGAUGGAACUUCUCAUCUUCUGCAACAUGUUUCACCUUCGAGCGGGACGAUGGGAUCCCAUAGGUCCUCCCUUCCUCAUCCUCAUCAGAGGCACUACACUGGCCCGCCUCCUCCACCAUACAUGUACCACCGAGCUGGCACUGCCUUACCAAGAUUUAUUUAAGAUUAUUUUUAGAGAUAAGAGGACUGUAUGGCAACUAUAAUCAUCCCUAAAAAGGGUAGUUCAUUUAACGAACGAAUAUGGAAUCACCAGAUGUACUCUUCAUGUACUGCCAAGUUUGUUCUCUCAGCAGUUAGAUUAGAAGAAAUCUCUCGGUUCGUCUACACGAAGAUUUUAACGAAAUUCAAUGGAUUCAGAGGUUGGAUAUUUUGAUUAAAUACCACAAUAUUAUCGCGUCUGUACAGGAUGUUUUUGAAAAUUAUUUAGGGUUAAAGAAUGUUUGUGAAAACAUUUAGAAUUAUUUAUGAAGUUGGCUGAAAAGUUUUCUUAUUUUUUUUUAAAUUUGUUUUUGGAAAUAUUUUUAUAUUCGAUUUAAUAUUAUAAAACUAUUUAACAUAGAUAUUAUUUUCAAUGAAAGCUUUUACUUGAUCACUAUCCAUAACAUUUGAUCUAGAAAGUCAUAUUUAAUAAAUUGUAUAAAUUCUUAUCUUAUGAAAGAAAAUCUUUUUUAUAAAAGAAAAUUGACGAUGAUAAAACAUGUGAUCAUUUAUUGCAUUUCAUUAUAUAUUAUAUUCAUUAUAUUGAACUUACAUAGCAUUUUUAUCUUUAUGAUAUGUAAUAUAAUAGUAACAACACAUAUCUUGUUAUUUUAUAUUUAAUUUAGUUAAAUAUAAUUUAAUUACUUGGAAUUUUUUUAUAUAUUCUAAAAUGCAUUUAUUAAGCAUUUUUUCUUGUUUUAUAUUAUCAAUUCAACCUACAAAUUUAUAUAAAGAAUUACAAAUUCCAUUUAAUAAAAAUACAUUGUAUUUCUAUAUAAAAUUUAAUUUAAACUAUUUAAUUUAAUCUUUAAUAUUAUUAUAUAAUUAUAAAAUUAAAUUUUAUUCAUGUUAUUUCUAAUACAAAAAUCGCAGUAAUCGAUUUAAUACAAUAUUUAAUUAUAUUUAUUGAUUUUAAUAUCAAUAUAAAAAAAUCAUAUAGAAAGGAAUUGAUAUAAUCAACAAUCUAAUGAUAUAAAUUUUGAAUAUGAAACUUUUUGACCAACUUAAUAGAUAAAUUAAUUAAAACAAAUUAAUAUUUAAAAAUAAUUUAUUUUUCAAAACAUCCUGUACAGUAAUAAAAAAAUGUAUUAAAAUAUUCUAAAAUAAUACGUCCAAAUUUCAUUAUAAUCUUCGACACCAAUCUCAGGUUUUAUGUCAACUAGAAAAUUCAAAUUUUAGAAGUAUUUUAUACUUCAAUGAUACGCAAAAUAAGCGUGUUACCUGCGAGAAGGUUUGUUUUAAUUACUUUAUAAAAGAAGACCUAAAAGGUGAACAAUUUUCGCAGGUUUCGCGCCAAAUAUUCGAAAUUAUUUACAUAGUCAACAUUUGAUUCGUUGACGAUUGAUUGGUGAGACAUCUGCCGAGGCGUCUGUGAUGCACGAAGACGUACUUCUUGUGGUUCUUGACGCGACGAUGACUGUACGUCGAUGAAAACUUCGUUCUUGCGGGUACAAAUUUACAGUUACGACGAAGAAAUAAUUGUACGUACUAGUUUAUUUAAGCGCAGCUUAACGAACGUAGAGGACCCCUUGGUUUCCAAGAUAUACAUAUACAUAUAUACAUAUAUAUAUAUAUUUAUAAUCGUAAGCUCGGGAGACAAUUCGAUCAUGGAAAGUUCAUGCUUGUUAGGUACAAUCAUGUAAUAAUAAAUGUAACUUCUAGGUGCAGACGCGUGUGAGAUGCAGAUGUGGUUCAUAUGCACAUAUACAUUCAGAUACGUAUAACGUCGUGAUACAAAUAUACGUAUGAUUGUAUAUGUAGGUGCACAAAUGCGCGAGCUCUCUAAGUACCACAUACAGUGUUAAUUAGACGAUUCUGUCGCCGAUGUUGCGAGAAUGAGUGAAUGUGUUAAAAAAUGAGAAUGAGAGAGAAGAAAGAAUGAAUUCAAGAGUAAAAUUGAAGUAUGAAAUUAAAAAGAAAGAACGAGAGAAACAGAGUAUAUGUGUUAUGAGUGGAAGAGAAAGAGAAUGAAGACCACAGAGAAAACGUGCAGGUAUAUAUAAUCAGUGUUUAUGAACAAUCAUUGUUCUUUGUUUGAAAGGAGACAAAGUUGUGGGUAUGAUCUUUGCUAAUUCAUAUUAUCUAUGAUAUUCAAUAAAAAUUAUUUAAAUAUUGGUAGAUGCACUUUAUCUUCGAGCAACGUUAAAUUAUUAUUUUUUACGUCCAAUCGAUUGGGUGAUUUUUUUGUGUUUAGAUAAGACGCGCGUAGAUAUUUCUAAACGUAUUUUUGUCAAUUUUUGGCGUCGUUAAUCGUUCCAAACGUAAUAUUUCGUAUUGUUCGCUCAUUGUACAAUAUUUCGAACAUAUCGUGUUCAUAGUAGUCGAGAAUCAUGAUCCUUGUUUUCGUAUAACGAUUAUUCUUCAGAUAGUUUCUUUCUUUUUUGUCAUAAAAACAUAGGUGAAAUAAAACGUUGAUUAACGAAAAUUUGCGCUUCCGUCAUUUUACAUGAUAGUAGGUCGAUCAGAAGUUAAAUUUUUUUACUGAAAUCUAACCUAAAAAUGCAAGAUUGAGGACAUGCAAUGGCGAGUGUUGCCUUUUGCCAUAAUAUAACAAGAAAAUUAUUCCUUUCUCAUUAAAACUGUUGAAAUUGUUACAUAAGAUUGAUAUUUAAUUUAUUUAAAUAGAAGUUAAGUCUAAAGUUCACUUUUAUUUCAGCAAAUAAAAUCAAUGAGAUUUGGCUCUCUUGUCAUUGUCAACGUCCUCAUUAUGUAUGUAGUUGAAUGAUGCAGUAGUUUCAUAGGUAGUUAUUUCUACCGUUAGAUUUUGUUUAAAUCGUUGUUAUUUUCUCUUUUAUCUAUUUCCAUUCCGUAGCGAAGACUUGAAGCUUUGUAUAUGGUAUAUUUUAAUUUAUAAAUUAUAAAUCCAUUUUCAAAAUUUA